UGAUAUUGAGUGAACUUUGUGGUCCAGAUUCACACACAAAUUGCAGCAUUGGUUUUAACAGAAAAGAAAGAAGAAUGAAAAUAAAAAAGUUUGGAUAUGGAAAAGGAAACAUAUGGAAUGGAGAGGGUAGAGAGAAGGUUGGGAGCAGCAUAUUAUUGUUGUAUGGAAGUAGAAGCUAAAUAUAGAGAUGAAAGCUUCAGAAACCUACCCCUCACCAAAAACAGAAACACUGCUUCUUCCCAAUUUCAUCUUCUCCAAUGGAUCCCCCUCCUUAUAACUUCCUAACAAAACGCUUCCCCAUGGUUUGUUCUUCGAGAAUUUUCAUUUUGCAUUUAAGUUUUUGACACUUUCCCCUCAAAUUUCCAUCUCUGCAACACCAAAUUUUUUCUCCUCUCUCUUUCUCUUGUUCUUUCUCUCAUGGCAGAUCAUACACGUUCACACGUAACAACGGAUUUGUAUAAGAUCCUUUCAAUCCCAAUCAAAGAUAUCUGCAAGGGAUUCAAGAAAUGGAAUCCUUCUGAGAAGAGCCCUAGAAUUAAAACUAUUGAAGGAGGAGGAGACAGAGACUUUACGCCUUCCGUCAGAGAACCUGACAAGUCGCGUCGCGGUGGUGAGCGGCACAUAAUCAGCGCUCCGACCACGCCGUUAGGUUCCAGCAACCAUAAGGGCGUGGACGAGAGCUUCUUCGCGAACAUGACGAAUACAUUCUCCAGAAACCAGAGUCGGAGAAGUAAGACGCCGACGCCAAGUCCGCGGUCGUAUUCGAGAAACGCGAGCCGGCGACGGAGCAAAACGCCGACCUCAUUAUCGACAAAUCAAAGCCGAAGGAGCAACUCAGACACCGAAUUCCUAAGACGACCGCUAUCGAGAAAUUCGAGCAGAAAAGUAGAGGCAGCAGAAUCAAACGAAACGCCGAUCUCGUUGUCGAGAGAAACGAGCAGAAGGCAUUGUUGGGAGACCAACUCCUCCGUGGAUCAUGCUCGAUCGUUGUCGAGAAAUGCGAGCAGGAGAAGCCCUAAUGCUACUCCGAUCAUAUAUUCACAGUCGACGGCACUGAAGAAGCUGCCGCCAGUAGAGAAGAAACUGGAAUGUACCUUGGAAGAGUUGUUGGAAGGAUGCGUGAAGAAGAUUAUGAUCGCGAGAGCCGCCAUUGUUAACGGGUUGAGUUAUGUAGAUGACGACAACAACAUGGAGGAUGACCUUGACAUCUAUAAGGAGGAGAUAUGA